AUGUACGCUCUCUCUCACCAAAUUCCACCAGAUCCACGUCUUGCGUCGACCCAACCAUUUGUGUCAACUUCCACUGCUGCGCAGUUUAUUGCGCCUCCUGUACCGCCACCAACCGCACCGCCACUGCUCGCACCGUCACCGCUUGGACCACCACCAGCACCAAACGAAGAAACCGAAAUGUCAUCAGGUCAGGGAGGUUCGAUCUGGUCCGAAAUGGACCGCCUCACAUUCUCAGAGCAAGACGCGCCAUCAGAAGCGGAACAACCACCAGAGACAGAAAGCGCCCCACAUGUGUUAUCCUCCGUGUUACCCUCUAGGUACGACAACAAGGAUGCAUCCUUUCGAACAAAUCGUGAAAGACCAGCGUGGCUUACUGAAGAUGUACCAGAAUGGUCACGGGUCGAACAACCUAUGUGGACGGACCAGAAAAUGGCGCAAGGUUUACAGCAGCCACCUCAGCAACCACAAAUUCUACCGAAUCUUACAUGGUGGCAGCCGCCAAAAUCUGUGCUUCCUAAGCAGCCUCAAAAACAGGAUCAACCAGAAAGUUCGCAGAGCAAGCCUAGAGAACUAGCUGCUUGGCAGGUGAAAAUGCUCAGUGAGAUUCAGCAGAGUUUACAGUCAUCUGGCCAACUGCCAUCAAAUGGAACAGUAUCUCGUCAGUAUCAGCAACAGGAAUCUAGUGAGCGACAGAAGAGGUCAUCUACUGGCUGGAAGCAGAAUGUGUCUUCUAAGUGGCAUUUAAAUGCAUUGUGUCGCUUUCAGCAGGAACAACCAGAGCCUAUUCAAUCCAUACAGUUGCAGCAGAGAGGACCCAACGAAGAAGUGCAAAAGAUAUUUUUUCGCUGGCAGCCGAAUGUACGCAAUAAAAUUAAACCAAAGAUCUAUAGUGAUGGGCAUCAGAGCAUUCCUAUCCAGUUACCACAGAAUGAUUCAAACAACUGGCGACCAAGCGGAACGAUUGAGGUUCAGCAUAACACUCCUAAUGUGUGGUUACCUAAUGGACAUGGGGAGGUGCAGAAUUUGCCCGGCGAAUGGCAAGUGACAGGGUCGAACGACUGGCAGGAGGAUAGAGCGAAUGAGUUCCAGCCGAGCCUUGCAAACGAAGCGCACAAGAAGGGAUGUAACGACUGGCAGCCAACGGGAGAUAGCGCAUGGCAGCAGAAUGCAUUCAGCGGUUUUCUACAAAAUGGCCCGGGUGGACUUCAAGUGCAAGACCCACUGAGUGGCAGCAGACAUCUUCCGUUUCAACUCAUCCUAGUUCCGAUCAGCAGCACUUGGGGUGGCCCCAGCAGAAUGCGAAUGUCUGGCCAAAGGACUCACAUGGUGGCAGCCAAAAGAAACCACCUGGUCGCAACACAAACGACCCACUUGGAUGGAACAGAAACAAUCGCCGUGGUCACAGACACCACUGUCUUUGCUGUCGGAGCAGGAAUGGCCCAGGCUGCCGACGAAAGAGCCAAGAAAGUCGUUGUGGCCGGAUCUAACCGACCAGAGAUGGGCACCUCCUCCUGA